CACACUGCCACACUGCCUCUCUGACCAAUGGCUCGGAUACCACAGUUAAAUGGUCAGAGAGUGUUGUUACUAUUCACCGUUAUACUUCCUAUAACUUUCGAGAUGGAAAGUACCCAGGAAGGAUUCACUUACUUCAAAAAUUUAGAUGCGAUCAAAGAGUUCUUCGAGAAAGAUUUGAACCCAUAUUCGAGGAACAUAUUGGAAAGCUUUAAAAAGGAAUGUCUUUACAUGGAGGAUCCUGGACUUCCUAGAGGCAGACGGAGGCCAUUCAUAGUGAUCGACGGCAACCACAGAGCAUGUAGGAACGUGGUGGGGAUGAAGUUGUCGAGGAAGCUGGGCGGUCGCUACUUGAGUCAUCCAUCCCCUUGUCUACACGACUACUUCAAGAAACUGUCGCAAGGGAUGACUCGCAGGGCCUUCUACCUGCUGUCCAUCUACGCCAUGGACCUCAACGUCAAAGUGCACAUAAACCUCAACAGACCUGUAAUCGUCAACGGACACUGGUUGGAGCAGGUAGUAUUCCCUCUGCUUCAGUUUCUUCCACCAAACGACGACUUCCCUCCAGCGUCCAGCGAAGUGUUCGACCUUCCUACAGAUCUGCUGGCUCCAGACCUGGUGGUAUACCUGGACACCGAGGACAACAACAUGACCAAACCGCGCACUGCUGUUAACAAACGCAGGUCCGUGAAGUUGUAUGAAAAAUUGGCAUCAAGAUAUCCCAUUACGAUACAACCUAUGUUGCCCGGACCCAACAGGCACACGAUCGAAAAGAUCUACGGAAUCAUCUGGAACAAUCUAUCAGAACAUCUAGACUUCAGACACAUCAACAGACCCUAUCAGUUCUAUAAAUAUCAAAACUUAAUAACGACUAACAAACUGAAUCAAACAAUACAUACAUACAGACCUGUAAUUAGCCAACCAACCGAGAUAUAAUUCAGUGUGGUACAUUAAAUAUUAUCAGGAAUAUCAGGCAUUACGCUGCUCUUUACCAUACUCUUAACCACAGCAUGUUCUAUCUAACUAUUGUGUCUAGUGAUGAAAAUAGCUCGACGGUUGCAAUGUUUUAUACAACUUUGAGAAAAACAUUUCAAUAUUAUUUAGACUAACAAAAAAUAUUUAAGGCUGUAUGUCUAUUUAUUAAAUAAUUUAUU